CGCUAUCCGAAUAUAUGCAAAAUCCCCUCCGGUUUCCGUAUCGAAUUCGGCUCUCGGUCCCUCCACUCCACUCCGGCUUGUCCGCCGACGGCUCCUCGCCGCCGCCGCCCUCCCCACCUUCCGUGCCAGCAGGAGCGUGAUGCCCCAUCGCCGUCCGAUGCAUUCAAACCCUAGGAUCUCUGCCUUCACUCUCUCUGCUCCCCCAGCAAGUCCCCAACAUGGCGGCGGCCAUAAGAGCCAAGCGAGCUCGCCUAGGCGAGCAUCAGCGCGCGCUUGAGCUCACGCAGCCGGCCAUGGCAGGUGAUCGUAUUACCAUGCGCAAGUAACAAUUCAUACCAACUAUGACAAAUCUGCAUAUUGUUCAGAUGUAUCGUUCUAUCACAAUUCACAACACUUGUCAUUUUCAGAGUCGUUCCAAAUUGCAAGUCGCGAAAGAUGGGGAGGCAUCAUUCGCUCAUCGCCGGUCGCUGCAGCAUGCCUCCUCGCCAGAUCGAUGCCUAUGGUCUCAAGCUGCUCAAUCACAAAAGCAGAGAGGCCAGAGAGCAACGACCACCAUGUCAUCCAUACUCUACAUGACUUGCACCUGACAUGCAGUGGCACUGGCAACACAAUUGUCUCUGAAGCAGAGCAUGGCUUAGGUGAAGAAAAACUUAAGCGCCAUGCCACCCCCGGGCGCCGACACGCCGCGGUGGGUGCACCGCACCGCGGACCAGAUGGCCCGGUACGUCGAGGACGACCGCGCUGGCCACGUCUACGGCCGCCACGUCGUCGCCGCCGUCCGCGCGGUGCGCGCCACGGCGUCGCGCCCCUCCGCAGACAUGCGCCUGGCCAUGGCGUCGUUCGUCACCAAGCUCACCUUCCGCGAGAUGUGCGUCGUCCUCCGCGAGCAGCGCGGCUGGCGCCAGGCGCGCGACUUCUUCGCAUGGAUGAAGCUCCAGGUUUGCAAACCGGGGCUCUCCCGUCGCCCGCGGCGGCGAGGGCGAGGCCGGCGGGGGGGCGCGGGCGGCGCUCGCGGCGAGGGGCUCGGGCGGCCGGCGUGGGGCUUCGGGCCGGCGCUCCGCGUUGAAGGCGGCUGUAUUAUUGUGAUGCUGGGUGUUGAGCAGUGGCCCAAGAGCCUAGAAGACAGGAAAAGAAGGCCUCUUACAGAAAGUCUUAUAAAACUACAUGGUUGGGAGACCGACGGCAUGGUGUACUCCUGA